GGGACAAAAGAAAAAGGAGACCCACUGAAUUCAGCUAUUGAUAAGAUGACCAAGAAGACCCGUGAUCUUCGCAGACAGCUAAGGAAGGCUGUUAUGGACCACAUAUCUGACUCUUUCCUGGAGACCAACGUUCCUCUGCUGGUGCUGAUAGAGGCGGCCAAGAGCGGUAACGAGAAAGAGGUUAAGGAGUAUGCGCAGGUCUUCCGCGAACACGCCAACAAGCUGGUGGAGGUGGCCAACCUCGCCUGUUCCAUUUCCAACAACGAGGAGGGGGUGAAGCUAGUGCGCAUGGCUGCUACACAGAUCGAUAGCCUGUGUCCUCAGGUAAUAAAUGCAGCCCUAACGCUGGCCGCACGCCCUCAAAGCAAGGUUGCUCAGGACAACAUGGAUGUUUUCAAGGACCAGUGGGAGAAGCAAGUACGCAUUCUGACCGAAGCUGUUGAUGACAUCACUUCAGUUGAUGACUUCCUCUCUGUUUCAGAGAACCACAUUCUGGAGGAUGUGAAUAAGUGUGUGAUCGCCCUGCAGGAGGGGGAUGUGGACACGCUGGACAGGACAGCAGGAGCAAUCCGGGGCCGAGCCGCUCGUGUGGUGCACAUUAUUAAUGCUGAGAUGGAGAACUACGAACCCGGCGUCUACACAGAGCGUGUUCUCGAGUCCAUCAAGCUCCUCUCUGAGACCGUGAUGCCACGCUUUGCCGAGCAGGUUGAGGUUGCCAUCGAGGCUCUUAGCACCAGCCCCCCACAGUCAUUCGAAGAGAACGAGUUCAUCGACGCCUCUCGCCUUGUUUAUGAUGGAGUCCGUGACAUCAGGAAAGCAGUCCUUAUGAUAAGAACUCCAGAAGAGUUGGAAGAUGACUCUGACUUUGAGCAAGAAGACUAUGACGCCCGUAGCCGCACCAGCGUCCAGACAGAAGAUGACCAACUGAUUGCUGGACAGAGCGCAAGGGCUAUCAUGGCUCAGCUGCCUCAGGAAGAGAAGGCCAAGAUUGCUGAACAGGUAGAGAGUUUCAGGCAGGAGAAGAGCAAGCUGGACGCAGAGGUCGCCAAGUGGGACGACAAUGGAAAUGACAUCAUUGUGCUGGCAAAGCAGAUGUGUAUGAUUAUGAUGGAGAUGACUGACUUCACCAGAGGCAAAGGCCCUUUGAAGAAUUCCUCUGAUGUGAUCAAUGCCGCAAAGAAAAUCGCAGAGGCCGGAUCCAGAAUGGACAAGCUCGCCCGUGCCGUGGCUGACCAGUGUCCAGACUCAGCCUGUAAGCAGGACUUAUUGGCAUACCUCCAGAGAAUCGCCCUCUACUGCCACCAGCUCAACAUCUGCAGCAAGGUCAAGGCUGAGGUUCAGAACCUGGGAGGAGAACUCAUUGUUUCAGGGCUGGACAGCGCUACAUCCCUCAUCCAGGCAGCCAAGAACUUGAUGAAUGCUGUGGUCCUCACAGUCAAGGCCUCCUAUGUGGCUUCCACCAAGUACCAGAAGGUGUACGGCACGGCGGCGGUCAAUUCCCCGGUGGUGUCCUGGCGCAUGAAGGCCCCGGAGAAGAAACCCCUGGUGAAGAGAGAGAAACCAGAGGAGUGCCAGACCCGUGUCAGACGAGGCUCGCAGAAGAAACACAUCUCCCCCGUCCAAGCCCUCAGCGAAUUCAAGGCCAUGGACUCCUAUUAACAGCAUACCACAGAUACCCAAAACUCCUCCUCCUCUCUUGAUUUCUUCCCCUCUUCUUGUUACGGCUUAUUUUCUUGGAGCUGUAUCUUGUACCAUGCAGCGACAUGAGUAUGUGCCCAGUAAAUGUCUGUGAGUUGGAGGGGCUUGGCAACCCAUCCUCUUCGAACCGAAUUUCACUGUAAACGAGAAACAAACAUGUGAAGGAAACAUUUACAGUGCAGGCUGUGGUACAAUUCAUGUGAUGUUCAUUCUCGCUGACUGGCCGUAUAUACACAGAGAUAUUAAAGAAUAUAAUCUAUGGUUUAGUAGUGUCAGCCCUAACCAAGGCAGAGGUGCUGCUUUCUUUCCUACUGAUUUUUUUUUCUAAAUGAAUAUUGAACCUUAGUAAUAGGAAUAACUUAUGUUGAAACAAUUUUCUUCCUUCUUCCCAGUUAUCCAUAUGGUGACUUGAUGCACUAGUUUUUGCAUUAAAAAAAUCAAUUUCUUUAAUUAUAUUAUUGUAUCACUAACCAUGGCAGCCAGGUUGGCUAUAGUAUUACAUUUAGAAAUGGACUAGUUGUGUGGUUUGCUCAGAGACUAGUAGAAACCUGCAUAUCUUUAUAGUCCUGAUUCUCUAAUAAACCUUCCAAUUGUGUGUGUGGA